AGCAUUUGCUGAUUCAAAAAUCUGCACUUCCUGUCUGCAAAGCUGUCUUCUCGUUUCCCAGCUCUCAGAGCCCUGAGGGCAUUUUCUCCCAUCGCUGCAACAGCAUCUAUACAUUCAUCUAAACAACAUACCCUUCAUAUAGAGCCAGUAAUGCCACCAGUCACUAACGGAGCAGUACCACAGAGCUCGAAGAUGCAUUCGAAAGUUGUAAUCAUAGGAUCAGGACCUGCUGGUCAUACUGCUGCCAUAUAUCUCGCACGUGCCAACCUCAACCCUGUACUUUUCGAAGGCUUCAUGGCGAACGGUUUUGCUGCAGGAGGACAGCUCACGACCACAACAGAUGUCGAGAACUUCCCCGGAUUCCCAUCCGGUAUCCUCGGUCCAGAAUUGAUGGACAAGUUCCGUGAACAAUCCAUUCGUUUUGGCACCAACAUCAUCACCGAGACGGUCGCAAAGAUCGAUCUAUCUGCACGUCCAUUCCGGUACUGGCGGGAGUACUCGGAGGAAAGUGAGCCCGAGACCGCAGACACAAUCAUCAUAGCAACAGGUGCCAGUGCAAAGCGGUUAGGCCUCAAAGGCGAAGAGACAUAUUGGCAGAGUGGGAUUAGUGCUUGUGCGGUGUGUGAUGGAGCAGUUCCCAUAUUCAGGAAUAAGCCCCUUGCUGUCAUUGGAGGCGGUGACUCCGCGGCAGAGGAAGCUACAUAUUUGACAAAGUACGGAUCUCAAGUUUAUGUGCUCGUUCGUCGAGGUGAACUUCGGGCAUCUAAAAUUAUGGCUAAACGCUUGAUGAACCAUCCCAAGGUUACCAUCCUGUGGAACACUGUUGCGACUGAAUGUCAGGGUGACGGCGAUCUUUUGAACAACCUCCGAAUCAAGAAUAUCCUGACAGGCGAGGAGAAAGACCUUCCUGUGCGUGGAUUGUUCUACGCCAUUGGACACGAACCCGCGACUGGCCUUGUUCGGAAUCAGUUACAGACAGAUCCAGAUGGCUACAUUAUCACCGUGCCGGGGACGACUCAGACGAGUGUUAAGGGCGUGUUCGCCGCUGGAGAUGUACAGGACAAGAGGUACAGGCAAGCGAUCACAAGUGCAGGAAGUGGUUGUAUGGCUGCGCUGGAGGUUGAAAAACUGAUUGCAGAGGAAGAAGAAGGUUUCGACGAUGAUUAGUGCGAUAUAUACUGUGUUUAGUAUUAGAUUGUUCGGAAUUACGACUGACUUUUCUUCACACAUACUCAUGUUUUUUCCUGGUGACAAAGGAUAUACUUGAACCUU